UGUUCGCUCUCACACAGGGGGAGGGCGACAGUUGUCUACUAACCAUGGGUCUCAAUGGAACGAGACAAUGCGUGGUGGCGAUGGCUGCCUUGAGCAUGGGCGGUGUUGGUGUGGAUAGCUUCCUUGUGCCACAGCAGCGGUUAAGCGGCAGCAGCUGUGCAAGAUCAUGUUUGAGAGUAGAGCAGCAGCAGCAGCAGCACGACGCUGGAAGAAGAUCGUCCUCCUCCGUGACUAGGAUGGCAGCUACCGCAGAGAUCGGUUCCUUCCCGUACCAAGAUGUGCUGCCGUUUCUCAAGGAGCACGUGCAGCCUUCCGACCAGAUGCUGCUGCUCGGGUGUGGGACAGAGCUUCCUUUGCAGCUCUCUCGGGAUGGCUACGGCACUCGAGAUGGCCGAUCGUUCAUGCGCUGCAUCGACUCCGACCCCGACUUGAUAGCGGCCAUGAAGACUGCGGCCGAGGCAGAUCCCGUCUGCUCGAAGAACAUGGCUGCCGGGAAAUUGAUUUUCGAGGCGUUGGACGUGACCGGAGGCAUGCCGGAGCUCAAACAAUCUUCUGCUGACUGCGUCGUGGACGCUGGUCUACUGGACAAGCUCAUCACAACGGAGGGACUUGACGCCGCGAAGGCGUGCUCGGAUGCCGCCCACCGUGCUGUGCGCCUUGGAAACCCUUUGGUGGCGUUGUCCAUGAUCAACAAGGACGACUUCGCCCAAAUAUUUGACGGAAACUGGGGGUGGAUGCAAGAGCUGGAUGGGGACCCCGGUGCAGUGAGCCAGUGGUACCGGGACAAGAAGGUCAACCUCAAGGACGUGGGCAACAACUUCGUUGAGCUGGGGAUAUCCUUCUUCGUGUACACCAACGUGGAUAACUGCUGACGGGUCCUUUAGAACGAAGGGGCGAACAUGGACAGAAGCGGCACUUGCAGACAAGCAGUGUUGUGUUUAACGAGCAUUCAAGUAUCUUGGGGUUACAGUGCGUGUCGAUAGAAGAAAGUGCGCGAGCGCGAUAAGCAUUGAUG